CACUUGUUUUAGAUUUAUCUUGUUACGAAUAACAAAUAAAGUUUCUGAUAUUUACUAGUGUUUUGUUAUAAUUUUAUAACAGUCAGAAACAUGAAUUUAGCUUUAAGACAAGUUUUAAAGAGGCAAUCGUUUAGGUUAAGUGAUAAAAUUUCAUACAAAUAUUUACAAGCUCCAGUAACCUCAUCAUGUCCUCUAAACACUGUGGUUUACUCCCGAAAUUACUGCGACAAUCGUUCAGAUCAACGCCGAUUACCACAAUUAAUGGAAUUCCCACCUGUUGUUUGGCCUUCGGUUUUAAAGUUUAUUAAAAACUGGAUGUAUGUGAAUUUUAUUAUUCGACCGUAUUUUGAACAAGAAUUUAGCCUAAAUAGUUUCAUUGAAGCAUCCAAACAUGCCGUUGAGGUUGUUUCAGAAAGCCUACAAAAUAGUGACUUCAAAAAAUUAGAUGGGCUAGUCGACGGUGAGGCUUUGGCGGCUCUAAAGACAGCAGUUUCAAAACUGUCAGUUUCUCAGAGGCAGCUACUAGCUGUGAAUAAGGAAGAUAUAUUUUACGCUUUUCCUUACCAAGUUGGAGUUAUUUUUGAUGAUGCUGAUAAAAGAUGGGUGGAAAUAACAAUGUGUUAUCAUGUAAUGAAGGGACUCAAACAGAUGAAAGAAUCUGAUGAUUUACCACCUAUUUCAUUAGGUGUGCAGCCAGAAUUUCAAGACAAAAUAUUUAUCCUCAACUAUAGAUUUAUAAGGGAAUUUACUAAAGGUGUUGAAGAUAGCUGGUGGAUUAAUAUAGUCAAUCAUUUCCAACCUCAAUCUGUUACAAAUAGACUUUAACACCUAGAAACAAGACACACAUUAAGGAUAAAAAUGUAUUUAUGGAAUAAAAAACUGUUGCUGAU